ACGAGUCUCAGCCACAGCUACUGCCUGUCUCCCCGCUGCCUGCUCCUUCUCCUCACACUGAGGUGACUGAUUCCCUGACUGAGCGUCGUGAGCCUGAGACUCGUGCUUCCACACCUGAUCGUGCUCGUCGUGUCGCCCGUCCUUGUCCUCUUGCUGUCCUAGGCACUCACGGUAUGGCACUUUGUCCUUCCUCUGUUCCACAGCGUGUUGUCCUGCCUGAGCCUCCCGCGUCCUCUCUUCCGCACGUUCCUGACCCUGCGUCCGACCUUGCUCGUGCUGCCAGUCCUACUGUCACUCAUCUCCUCGCUACUGUCGUCACUGGCCCUGACUUUGAGUCUACUGCUGCGUUUGCCCUAGCCACUGAGCUAGUCGACUUUGCAGCUAGGAGUCGUCUCGACUACGUCGCGAGUCUUGUUACUGAGUCAGAGUCUGUCUGUCCUCCGUCCGUCGGGGGUGAGCCUGCCCUUAGCAAUGACGUCUUGGAGGAUAGGCAGUUUGAGCUUGAGUGUCUUGCGGCCGCUUUACCCCGUUUCGCAUCCAUGCUAUUUUGCCGUGAGAGAGACCCGUAUGCACUUGACAUUCCCACCCCGCGCUCUUACACAGAGGCGAUCUCGAGCGAGUACUCCUCUCAGUGGCAGGCAGCCAUGGACGCAGAGAUGGCUUCCUGGAAGUCCGCAUGCACCUACAUCGCCGAGGUUCCCCCACCUGGAGCGAACAUCGUCCGUGGCAUGUGGAUUUUCAUGGUAAAGUGGCCGCCGGGUUGUCCGCCUGCCUUUAAGGCGCGUUACGUUGCUCGAGGCUUCAAUCAGCGACAGGGGGUUGACUUCUUUCAGACCUUCUCCCCUACCUCGAAGAUGACUACUCUUCGGGUGUUGCUACACGUUGCAGCACAGCGUGACUACAAGCUGCACUCCCUCGACUUCUUGACAGCUUUCUUGCAAGGUAGCCUUCACGAGGCCAUUUGGCUGCGUCGACCAAAGGGCUUCACUGAGUCGUUUCUUGCGGGUACCCAGUGGAGCCUACGGUGA